GCAGUCAAAAGACGUAAAAAUGUAGUUAACAUAUAAUUUCCAAUGUUUUGAUAAAGGCAUUAUGCCGAAACGUCAAUUAAAGGAGUAUAAUCAGAGAGUUAUAAUUUUUUAAUAUCCCUUCGGAUAAUUCAACUGAGCUUAUAUGUUUUUUAACUCCGAAAAACAAAAUGGAAGAUGUGUUGGACUGCAAUAGCCAAGAGAUGGAAAAAUACUUACGUUAUGUGUCACAUAAAGAUUUUAUAUCAAAGUGUGUAAGACAUGGGAUUGUACCAGAAGGAUUCAAGAUCAACUGGAAUAUUCAGAUAGACUGUAGCGAUGAAAUACUAAACAAGUGUGAAAAAAUCAAACAAGAUGCGUCGGUGAAACUCAUGGAACUCACAUUGGUAGCUUGUGAAGAGAAAAUUAACAAACUAAGAAGCGAUGUAUGUGUGGAAGAUUUAAACAAUGACGACCAUAAACUGUUUUCAAAACGGAAGCUAGCUGAACUUACACAGAAAAAGAAUGAAAAAUUCUACAAGCUGUUGAACUAUGGUAUACGUCGGAGAGACGAGCAGAUCAUUAAAGGAACGUGCCAAAGAACACGAGGCUGACGUGCGACUACGAAG